UCAGCAAACACACCCAGAGCUACCCAACAGACUCCUAUGGGAUUCUCGAAUUCCAGGGCGGGGGAUACUCCAAUAAAGCCAUGUAUAUCCGCGUCUCCUACGACACCAAGCCAGACUCCUUGCUCCAUCUCAUGGUGAAAGAUUGGCAGCUGGAGCUCCCCAAGCUUUUGAUAUCCGUGCAUGGCGGCCUCCAGACCUUUGAGAUGCAGCCCAAGCUGAAGCAGGUGUUUGGGAAAGGCCUGAUCAAAGCUGCCAUGACCACAGGGGCCUGGAUUUUCACCGGGGGUGUGAGCACGGGUGUUGUCAGCCAUGUGGGAGAUGCCUUGAAAGACCACUCCUCCAAGUCUAGAGGCCGGCUCUGUGCUAUAGGAAUCGCUCCGUGGGGCAUGGUGGAGAACAAGGAAGACCUGGUUGGGAAAGACGUAACGAGAGUCUACCAGACCAUGUCCAACCCUCUGAGCAAGCUCUCGGUGCUCAACAAUUCCCACACUCACUUCAUCCUGGCUGACAACGGCACCCUGGGCAAGUACGGUGCUGAGGUGAAGCUACGGAGACAGCUGGAGAAACACAUCUCCCUCCAAAAGAUCAACACAAGGCUGGGCCAGGGUGUGCCUGUCGUGGGCCUCGUGGUGGAGGGCGGCCCCAAUGUGGUUUCUGUUGUCCUGGAAUACCUCAGAGAAGACCCCCCUGUCCCCGUGGUGGUUUGCGACGGCAGCGGACGCGCCUCCGACAUUUUGUCCUUCGCACACAAAUACUGCGAAGAAGGAGGGAUCAUAAACGAGUCCCUGAGGGACCAGCUCCUAGUCACCAUUCAGAAAACAUUUAAUUACAGCAAGUCACAAUCGCAUCAGCUGUUUGCAAUUAUCAUGGAGUGCAUGAAGAAGAAAGAACUCGUCACUGUGUUUCGGAUGGGUGCUGAGGGUCAGCAAGACGUUGAGAUGGCCAUUUUAACUGCCCUGCUGAAAGGAACCAACGCGUCAGCUCCAGAUCAGCUGAGCUUGGCACUGGCUUGGAACAGAGUUGACAUAGCACGGAGCCAGAUCUUCGUCUUUGGCCCACACUGGCCGCCACUGGGAAGCCUGGCCCCUCCGGUGGACACCAAAGUCACAGAGAAGGAGAAGAAGCCACCAACAGCCACCACCAAGGGGAGAGGGAAAGGAAAAGGCAAGAAGAAAGGCAAAGUGAAAGAAGAGGUGGAAGAAGAAACAGACCCCCGGAAGAUCGAGCUGCUGAACUGGGUGUGUGGAGAGUCCUUGCUCACGUGUCUUGAGACUGCAAAGACCAGAGCUGGCAUUGCCCUAGUUCUCCAGGGAAGGGACACUCUAGUCUCCUUUGCGUCAUCCCCACCAGGAUGGAGGACUGACAGGCUGAUGCCAAUAUUCCAGUGGCAAUAGUGUGUUCACCACUGUUCCAUAAGUAGGAGUGUCUGUCAUUAUGCCAUGCACUUGACACUGCAGAGGCCCUGUUUGCCCGUCUCAGCAGCAGGGAGACCCAGAAACAUCAUGCACGGGGACUCCAGCCUCCCAAGCUGGGUAGAUGCUGCUACUCACCCAUCACCCCUCUCCAUACUACCACCAGCUCUAUCUUCAAAAGGUUUUUGUUGUGUGGACUGUAAAUAUGUGGUCAGGUUCCCUUAUUCUUCUGUACCAGGUGCCUGCAUGCCUGCCAAGCAGAGAGAGCGAUGACCAGGGCUUCCUUUCAGAGUGGUACCUUUGUUCCAUAAUUAGGAGUGUGCGACCACUCACCCACACAGCACCCCAGUGGCCUGUGACAUGCCCACAUGGUCCUACCACCAUCAAAAGAUGCUCCCCAGCCAAGGAAACAGCAGAGAGAAACUGAAUAGGGCAACGUUGGGAUAGUUGUCUGCAACUCAUUAAAAAAUUUAGAUUUAUUUAUUUUUA